CCGCUGCUGGCCGUGACGCUGGUUUUCCGGUCCAAGGCCAAGUUCUUCUCUCGGUCUCACGCGGUGGACGCCGUCUCGCUCUUCCUGGACUCGUCGGUGGAGCUCCCAUUCGAUAGGGCCUGCGAAUUCGACUCCCUAAAGCUCCUGGACCGAAUCUGGAGCUCCAGCGACAUCUUCGCUACCGAAAAUAAGGAGCUUCCCGAAAAGCUGCCAUGGACUCUCCGCAGAUACAUCCGCACCGACAGAUUUUAUUGCAAGACCAAGCUUCAAUUCUCGUUCAUUGAAGCGAUUGAGCUGGAAAAUCUGGAGUUGGUUCGGUGGCUGCUGGAUAAGUUCGAAGACAUUGCUGUUAUCGAUGGGAAAGUGGUUCUGGAAACGAUGAGCACCAUUUCAAUUGAAGUCUUGCAACUCAUUGACAGCUACAAGUACGGCGUUCGCCAUGUGGAAUGGGACCAAAACACAAUGGCGGAAGCGAUCUCAGAGGGCCGCAACGACAUCGUCUGGUGGCUACAGCAACAUUUCCCCAAUGAAGACUUUAACAAGGCAGAGGCGUUGAUGCAGGCAGUGCUCAAGGAGGACAUCGUCAUGGCUGAGUGGCUGAUCGACCAUGGAGCACAGUGGCGUCGGCCCUUUCCUGGCGAUAACAUCGGACACGAAAUGGCGGCUCGAGGGCGUCUUGACAUCUUGAAGUGGUUAACCCAAGGCGGUAGACUUGACCAUCGGCGCGAGGGAUCAGCGUGGAGUGGAUUUCUGAACGUCUUUAAAUGGCUGCAUGAUAACCGAUCGAAAGGCUGCACUGAGAAGGCGAUGGAGCUAGCAGCAGCACGAGGCCAUCUAAGAGUAGUGAGAUGGCUUCAAGCUCAUCGAUCGAAUGCCUACGCGAAUUCAGCCUGCGGCGUGGGGCAACCAGAUCAACGUGUUCCUCUUUCUGCACGACAUUGCAAAAUGCACCGCGAAUACUGCGUUGAUGGCCCGAGAUGCUGA